AUGAACAAGAAAGAGAGAUCGACACAGCACUACAGCAGCUCUCAGAAGAUACUGUUUGUGGGCGAAGGCGACUUUUCAUUCUCAGCUUGUUUAGCUAGACAGUUUGGUUCUGCUGUUAACAUGGUUGCCACUUCACUCGACCCUGAAGAGAUGGUGUAUACUAAGCAUUGGAGCUGUGAAACACAUUUGGAAGAACUAAAAAGAUUAGGGUGUCUAGUUUUGCAUGAAGUUGAUGUGAAAGAAAUGAGCAGACAUCCCACCCUAAUACACAUGGAAUUUGAUUUUAUCGUCUUUAACUUCCCUCAUGCUGGCCAUUUCCCAUGGUUAUGUGAAAGAAAUGUCCAACUCAUCAAGAUGCACAGAAAGCUAUUGAAGGCUUUCUUUGAGAGUGCAAGUGAGAUGCUGAGCAGUGGAGGGGAAGUUCAUGUCACACACAGAGAUGACUUCCCCUAUAAUAGAUGGAAGGUGGAGAAACUAGCCAAGGGAGCCGGUCUUUAUUUGAAAGAGAAAGUAGAAUUUCAAAAGGACUACCCUGGGUAUCAUAACAAGAGAGGUGGUGGUAUCAAGAGUAACAAAACAUUCCCUCUCAAAGACUCCUAUACCUUCAAAUUCUCUGUUAUUACUUGGGAAAGCAAAGAUGAUGAUGAUGAGGACAAUGUAUCUAGUGGACGUCUCAGUGAUGAAAUUGAAGGGAUAUUACCUGUGAUGAACCGUCUGCAUUUUAAGUGA